AUGAACGAAAGUCGCGAACGCUUUCGACGCGAGAGGGAGCGAGAGAAGAACACCUACACGUCUCCCCGUCUCGCUCUACGCCGCGUGCUCCUGCUGGCUGAAGGCAGACAGUUCCGGGAAGCGGCUGCUAUUGUAUCAAGACUUGGACCGGGCGUGUUGCAGAGUGUGGUCUCUGACUUGCCAUUGGACUUGUUAAUUGAAGCUUUACCUCAUUCGGCGCAUCUUAUUGAGACGCUGCUAAAUAGGCUCAUAUCGUUGGAGGUUUCUCCACGACCGGAGAUACAAUGCGAGUCGGUAGCCUGGAGGCUGGUCGGACUUCUCGGCGGAGAUCAAGGCUCAGGGAUUCGUGCCAGGACUUCGCGGCUCGCGUCUGCCCUGGUACACUAUGCACCAGAUUCAAGAGACGCUAUUGACUCGAGGAGAAGGCAGCUCGAUGCUGCUGUCCAGGGUCUUGGAACACACGGACUCACAGCAGACUCGUCAGGUACUCUGAUAUCCUUACACGUUGCCAUGAAGAAUGAAUUGCAAAGGCACGUAGAGGUCUACAAACAAGCAUUACACAAGCUGGAGGAACUGUCACCGGUGACAGUAAACCAGGAUCCAGCUUCGUCGUCCCACCAGCGUCUACUCGCUCUCUCCCACGCUGACGUGGAGCGUCGACUGAUUGACAACAAGUCCUUGCUGACCAUCGUUGAUAAGCCAGCCUUAAGACAGCUACCCACAUUGGUAGCAUCUUUAGCAGCAAGGGUGGAGAGCGACAAAGCAGUGCUAGCCUGUAUUGGACAGAUCAAGAGAACUGAUCCGACUUUAGAUUUGAGCGAUACGAGACCGGUAGCGGGUGUGCUUAUGAGCUACUCCCGGGGCUGUGCAGCCGUCCUCAGUCAAAUGUCCGAAGCAGAAGCUACAGGAGGACAGUCGGUCGUGCCCCGGUCACCGACGGACUCUGCCAGCGAUGGAUAUCAUUCCGACAGUGACGACUCACAUCAGCAUCCGGAUAGGAGCAAAUUGGUUUCUGAGUAUGCGUCAGUGUGGGCGCGGGCUGCUGCUGAGGCGCUCCCGGCAUUGGCGGCGCUGGAGCCACUGCGACCGACGCCGCACUUGAAAUACAAGAUCGUCUUCUCUGUUGUUGUUCUCUCUUUCCGAGCAGUGAUAAGUCUUCGUGAUCGUCGCUUGUCCGAAGUGAAGGCUCUACUCGGAGUAAACGAAGAGACUAAAGCCAACGAAGCCACGGUCUCGCGGCUUAUUGUGGCAGCGACACGGAUGCUACAGGAAACAGCUCACAGCUUCCCUCUCGGUGAUGCCGAGAGAACGGUUGUGAAUCAGGUGCUCAAUACUCUCCGGGAGUACCCUUGUCUGGCGUCGUGCGCUGCUCUACACGCGCUAGUCGCGGCCGCCACGCGCGCUGCUUGGACCAUCAGCUUGCACUCUCCACCACUUAGAAUCGACACCGACUUCACUCCUGUGUUAAUGAACCCAGAGAAGCAUGUACGGUUUUCGGCGGGAGAGCUAAAGGACAGACGCUCUGACCUCAUCAAAUCUUUCGUGUGGCCGGCGUUAAUGGAUGGCAACCGAUGCGUGUUCAGAGCCGUUGUACUUACAUAA